CAGGCGGCGCCGCGGCCCCCGCCCCUCACUCCGCCUCUUGCUCCCUCGGCCAUUCCCACCCCGCCGGCUCCCCCGCGCUGCCGGCGCCCGCAGGAGCGGCCCUGGGAGCCGCCGAGGGGCUGCUCGAGCUCGAUGACAUCCCGAAAGAAGCUGCAGGGUCUUGUAGCUGCUACAAUUACUCCGAUGACUCCGGAUGGACAAAUCAACCUUCCGGUGAUCCGUCAGUACGUGGAUUAUCUGGUAAAUGAGCAGCAUGUGAAGAAUGUUUUUGUGAAUGGCACGACAGGAGAAGGGCUGUCCCUCAGCAUCCAGGAGAGGAAGCAGCUGGCAGAAGAAUGGAUGUGCCAAGGAAAAGACAAAUUGGAUCAUGUGAUCAUUCACGUGGGAGCACUGAGCCUGCCGGAGUCCCAGGAGCUGGCCAGACACGCAGCAGCCAUAGGUGCUGGUGGCAUUGCUGUCAUAACCCCCUUCUUCUUCAAGCCCACAAACAAAGAUGAGCUGGUCCCUUUCUUACAGAAGGUCGCGGCUGAGGCCCCUGCUGUUCCAUUUUAUUACUAUCACAUUCCUCCUCUGACAGGUGUGAAGAUUCGUGUGGAAGAGUUGCUGGAGGGAAUAAAAGAACGGAUCCCCACCUUCCAGGGCGUGAAGUUCAGCGACACGGACCUCCUGGACCUCGCCCAGUGCAUACACAGGAAUGAAGCACAGCAGCUUGAAUUUCUUUAUGGGGUGGAUGAGCAACUGUUGGGUGCACUGGCACUGGGGGCAAAUGGAGCAGUUGGCAGCACAUACAACUAUCUGGGCCGGCAAACCAACCUGAUGUUGGAAGCCUUUGCAAGGGCAGACCUUGCCUUGGCACGGGAGUAUCAGUUUCUCACUGGGGAGUUUCUCAGCUUCGUCAUCAAACUGGUCAUUUUUCUGACAUUUUUCCUCCUGCCCAAGGAGGAAAAGAGCUUCGAUAUUUCUCUCUCCCGCCUUGCUGUAGUUUAAGAGGAACUUUGUUGAAGGUUGUACAAGGGCAAAACAUUUUAAAAUUGACUGAUUUUUAGGAACAAAAUCAAGUUUAAAUACAAAAAGCAAUUAAAACCAACCAAUUCAGAGUGUUGCAGGGAGGCUGAAUCAGACACGAAAUGUUUAAAUUAAAUUGAAUCAGACACUUAAUGUAAGAGAACUGUUCACUGUGGAUUUGCUGGGAUGUGCAAGCCCUGCUUAAUGUAGCCGAGCUUCAGUGCUUGAUUUUAUUUCUUGGGUUCAAAGUCAGAGGAAUUGCAUUAUUUUUUAGCCUUACAGAUAAAGAGGCAAACACUGAAUUUCCAGAGCUGUGAACAGAGAACAGAAUGUUACCACUCCUAGGGUUUGCCUUUGCAAGAAUCUGCACUGGGGGUCGCCUAUAUAUAAAUAAUUGUAGUGAGCAGGUGUA